UUUCAGUAUAAAAUCAAAAUGGAAAAUCAAUUGAAAAGAUUUUUUAUGCAUGAGUGAAAAAAAAAAAUUUUCCUUCGAGGAAGGUCACAAGCGUGAAACACGCAAAAGCUAUCAGCAAUAUCUGAAAGAAGUCUCUAUGUCUAAAACAGGGGAUGCAGAUAUGGAUGAUGAAAGCAUUCGAAGGUCAAAGAGAACUCCUGUUCCAAAGCGUGGCUUCAAGCUAAUUGAUGACUAUGAUUCUAAAAAGACACCUAAAAAGAAGGGAAAAGAUUCUUUGAAAGAUACAAUGACAGAUUUAGCUAUUAAAAAAGAGGUAGUAUUUGCAAGCGAUACAAAUGAAUCAGCUGAUGAUUACGAGAAAGGAAAUCAAUCAGAAGAUAAUGAAGAAAGAUCUUUUACUAAAGACGAUUUUAUAGAUGAACCUAGGCGAUCUGGAAGAGUUAAAAAACCGAAGAAGUUUGAGAAAGAUGAUAAUAGUUCUUCUACUAAACGAGGAAGAAAAAAAUUAAAUGAACCUGAUCUUGAAAUUAAACCAGAUCCUGAUUUAGAAACCACUCCAAAAAAAACAGCAUCUGUACGCACACCAGGUAGUAAAAUAGAUAAAAAUCUUCCUAUAAAGUUGAAUGAUGUUCAUCAAGUGUUGUCAGGACCUGAGCUUGUAAAAUUGAGAAGAAAACAACCUGUUGAAGGUGAUCAUAGUUUUGGAAGAACUUCUAAAAAAAGCCCUUUAAAACGAAAAAGUGAAAUAGAUAAUGAAAAUUUAGAUUCCUCUACUUUAAUUACUCACAAAAAAAGCAAGAAACAAUUUCAAGAAGAAAAUGUGUUCAUUAAGCAAGAAUUAGAAGCAGAUGAGUCAGUUAUUAAUCAUCAAAGAUCAUAUGAAAGCUAUGUAUCUAAGUAUACCACAGCUUCUUCCUCUUCUCUUGUUGCUACAACAAAUAAAGUCACAGAAGAUGUUGUAAGUCAUAGUAAAAAAGAAGAAAGAGUUUUAAAGAAGUUUAAUGAAAGAAAGAAAGAUGAAGAAGUUUUGAAAAAGUCUAAUGAAAGAAAGAAAGAAGAAGACGUUUUAAAGAAGUCUAAUGAAAAAUCUAGUCAUAAAUCUCCAAAAAAUAAAAAAACUGAAAAAUUAAUUAUUUCAUUCAAAAAAAAUCCAUUAAAAAGUAAAUUUAAAAAGAAUGGAAACUCAAGUUAUCAAAAAAUUGAAUCAUUAAAAGAGAUAAAUUUGCAUGGAGAUUCUACAGCUGUAGCAUCUGCUACAUCAAAUGAUAUUUUUGAAGAAAAAAUUAUUACUGAAGAAGUGUCAGACGCAAUGGUUCCUAUUAUUUUACCUGAAACUGUAACCUCAUCAUUGGCAAAUGAUGCAUCAAAAAAAAGAAAAAAGAAAAAAAGAAACAAAGAGAGCAAUGAGAAAAUUAUAAGCUGCGAAGUAUUUUCUGUAGAAGAUACACAGAUUUCUAAAGUAAAAAAAAAAAAGAUAUAUAAGCGAAGAAAUGGGGAGAAAGUUUUAGUGCGACUAAUAAAGAAUUAUUGUAAUCGUGCUGGGCAAGUUGUUAAAACAGAGUCUAUACUAAUUGAAAAUACGCUUAACAACAAGCAAACCUCUCAUCAAAACAUGGGGAAACCGAUUUCCAAUACAAAUGAGUUGCUUUGUGAGGAUCCACCACUAGAUGGUUCUAUUAGUGUAAAAGAGGAAGUCACUAUUGAUUCAGCACCAUUGCCAAGUAAAAAAAAGGUUAUCAUCUCACAAAAAAAUAAACCUGGAAAGAAGGCAACAAAAGUAAAGUCUCGUCCUGCAAACAGAGUUGUAACAAAGAAUGGAAAAGUUGUUGGAAAAACUACAAAGGGAAUGAAAAAGACUGGUGUACCAACACUUCCUGAUGCGAUUCAACAGUCUAAUACUGUUAGUCAAACAUACGAAACUCAUACUGAACCUAAAAAUGCGUACAAUUUGUUUUGUCGAAAGUACAGAAGCUAUGUUAAAGAGCAAUACCCAGAUGCAGACUUUUCAGAAAUUAGUCGAAAACUAGCUAAUCUAUGGCAAAUGACACCUAAAGCCGAAAAAAAAGAACAUAGAGAUAAGUUUGCUGCCAUACAACCUAGCAACGAAAUAAACAAAGAAAAAAUGAAGCUUGCCAGAUUAAAUACGCUUUCACCAAUACGAUGGUCUGACGCUGAGUUUAAAUACAUAAAAGAAUCUAUUCAAAAACAUGAAUCUUUUGAUCUUCCUCGUUUCAAAACAAAGCAUCUUACAUCAACAGAUUUAGCUGCACAUUUACAGUUGCUAGGGGAGUCCCUAAAUAGUAUUGGAGCUGCGCUACAAGAACAGUCUACAAUGAAUGUUCAUGGGGCAAUGUCCGUUCUUCUAGAUUCUAUUUUGUGUGCAGUAGCUCCUUUGUCAUUUAUUACGUCAUUUGUACCUGAAAUGAAUGUAAUCGAGGCAGAACGACAGGCUCGUAUUUUGGACAACAUCGCGUAUAUUUUACCGGGCUUAUAGGAAACAACAUCGCGUAUAUUUUACAGGGCUUAUAGGAAGAAACAUUGCGUUUACUUUACCUGGCUUAUUGUUUGAUCUUGGACAACUUAGCGUAUAUUUUACCGGACUUAUAUUUUGAUUUUUAGAAAGAAAUGUGAUAUUUGAA